CUCAAUUCUCCUGCUCAAUUCGUAGUUGACGGUCUUCUUUCGUGAGGUACUACCCCUUGGCAGAGAACCAAGUGCGAUGAACUUUCUUUGUGGACAUCUUUCCAUACUCUUCUUCCAGGGUAACUGGUUGUUUAAAUCAAAAUUUUUUGCGAUUUCGUUAUUUCUUGCACUUUCAACAUUCAGUACUGUUAAAGGCAAAAAUUGGCAGUGCCCAGAUUGCAAUAAAGAAGGAUAUAUCGAAAUCAUUGAUCCGAAAACUGGCAAUUGUGAAACAUGCUGGCCUUGUCCUGAAUGUGGGGAGGGUGCAGGUUCAUCUGUUCAAUGCAAAUCGAGUGUACCUAGGGGCACAGACAUACACUGUGUUUCUUGCAUUAUGGGCAUUAACUUCUCUAACAGCUCCAGUACUGAAAAGUGCCAACCUUGUGGUGUCUGUUCAGGAAAGCACGAGCAUGUCACAGCUGAAUGUUCCCCUUUGAGUGAUGUGGAAUGUGAAUGUGAAAGUGGAUUUUAUAGAAACAAAACCACUCAUGAAUGCCAGUCAUGUGAUUCCUGUUGCUUCACUGAUGCAGACGAUGAUAUCAUCGAAAAAUGUCAGGAAAACGUUGAAAUCAAAGAAGAUGAACAAUCUGUGUUCAGCCCCUCUACAGCCAUUGCAAAAACCACAACUUCAUUCAAAUCAAUCAAGAUCCAUAAAUCUGUAACUCCUUUUCUUCUGGGCUCCACUGGUAUUCCAGUUCCUUCGAGGACCCAAUUAAUCCAAUCUACACCAACAAGUGUUUCAUUUCCAAUUCAAAAGCAUGAUGUGGUACCUACAGAAAAUGUGAUCAUUAUGAAUGUACAUACAACAGGACAUGAACAUGGUGAAAGUAUGAAAUGGAUCAGAGGACUUACAUGCACUAUGGGUGUUUCUAUUUUUGUCAUACUGUGUUGUUGUUUACUCUACCUAGUGUUAAAAAGAGUAAGGAAAAACAGAGGAAACAGAAAUGUAUUACCAGCUGUAUUUUAUCGUGUACCUCAGCAUGAUGUGGAAAACUAUGGGUUGCAAAAGAGGAUUGAUGGGCACUGUACCCCUGGUUCUGAUGAAUCAAGAAGAAAUUCAAAUACAGUUGUUUUUCAAAAGGAUCAUGGAGUUGUAAAAGGGGAUCAGCUUGAGAACACUGCCAGCAAAGACUCAGUUCAGACAGCAUCUGAUCUACUUGUUGUUGAUAUGCAAGGGGGAAACCAUGGAGCAGGCUGUAACUCAACUCCACUUCCUCAACCUGCAAAAGACAACUUUGGCUAUUCAACCUGCAUAACAGAUGUACCUCAACCUAUCAUCUGUAAAAUGUGCAGGCUACUUGACAUUGAAAGAGUUGCUGAUGAGAACGAUUAUAGAAUGCUUGGAUAUGAACUUGGCCUUACACCAUCAGAGAUCACUUCCAUCAAACAAAAAAGUAAAGAGCCAUCUUUUGUGCUUUUGAUGGAAAAGUUUGCAACCAAGCCACACUCUGGAACACUCAAUCAUCUCAAAUCCAUAUUAGUAAAACUUGAAAGAUAUGAUGUGAUUCAGGUUAUAGAUAAAUGGGUACAAAAUCAACCAUUGCAGACAAGUUAGAGAUUAGGCUGCAGAUGCAGUUCACUUAAGGUGACUGAACACAACUUUUUUGAUACCUGUGUUUCUUUCACCAUUUUCUCUAAAACCCUUGAUCUCUUGGUUGCCAAAACUGGCAGCAAGCAAGUUACCAACACAAACUUUGUUUUUUUGACAGUGAAGCUGACGUACAUGCCAUUGUCAUGGCGACAUGAAUAAAUAUAAACAGGCCUUUAAAAUCGGUUUUGUUCAUUUGUAGAAAAUCUAGUCAUUAGUUUUUCUUUAUGAUUUGCAUGCAAUGAGCUUGUAACAAUACUCACAAGUUCAAACCAUUUUGCUAACAAUUUCACAGAGAGGUCUUUAAUUGUCCCUUGUUGAAGGUUCAUU